GCGCAAGACAUGUGCAGAAUAAUGAUAGGCGAUAGUGCAGCAGCCAAACUCGGUGCAGUACCACUGUCCAAUGACACAGUCGCUAGGAGAAUUGUAGACAUGUCCAAUGAUAUCAGAGAGCAACUGAUCGAGUUUGUAAAAAAGAGUCCUUACUACGCGCUGCAGCUGGACGAAUCCACUGAUAUUGCUGGGCAGGCACAGCUCCUCACCUAUGUCAGGUAUCUACGGGACAAGGCGAUUGAGGAGGAUGUACUGUUUUGCCGGCCUCUUCAGUUGCACACUACAGGAGAAGCCAUUUUCAAUGUCCUUAAUAUUUUUAUCCUUGAAAAUGGUUUGGCUUGGGACCGAUGCGUUGGCCUAUGCACGGAUGGUGCGCAAGCAAUGACGGGGCGUGAGCUUGGCCUAGCUGCUCGAGUUCAGCAAGUAGCUCCACUUGUGAAAUGGACACAUUGCAUGGUCCAUCGCGAAGCACUAGCUGCUAAAAAAAUGCCGGUUCUUUUUGACUCCGUGCUGAACCAAUCCGUGAAAAUGAUAAAUCUUAUCAAAUCACGGCCGUUAAACUCUCGCUUGUUUGGGGUCCUCUGCCAGGAGAUGGGGUCAGGGCACGAACAGCUGCUUCUGCACACUGAAGUUCGCUGGCUCUCCAGGGGGCGGGUGCUACAGCGGUUGUAUGAGCUUCGAGAGGAGGUGAAGUGGUUUUUGACAGAAAUCAAAUCAGAUCUGGCGAAGCAUCUGGAUGACACUAUGUGGCUUGCGUCUCUGUCCUAUUUGGUCGAUAUAUUUGACCGCUUGAAUGGCCUCAACCUGUCUUUGCAAGGCCGCGGAACUCAUAUUUUGAUCCUUGCAGACAAAGUGCACGCCUUCACACAAAAACUAGACCUCUGGCAUGGCCGCAUCAGUCAAGGGAACUGCGACAUGUUUCCCAGCCUUGCAGACUUUAUCACUGAUGCAGGCACGUCACACGAUUUCUCAUCCCUAUUUCAAUCAGCGUCUGAGCACCUGUCAGCAAUGAGAAAACAAUUUGCGACGUACUUUAAAGAGGAUUAUCGCUCUUUUGCGUGGGUUCGAGAUCCGUUUGUGUGCACAGCAAACAAGCUAUCAAUUGAUAUGCAGGAACAGCUUAUUGAGCUGAAGAGUGACAGUAGACUGAAGGAACUCUUUAACUCCUGCCCUCUUUCGUCAUUCUGGGCAGCAUUGAUGCAGGAAUAUCCUGAACUCUGUGACGUCGCCAUGAAGAUUCUCCUUCCUUUCGCGUCGACAUAUCUGUGUGAGGCAGGAUUCUCAAAAAUGACUGCACUCAAAACGAAAUACCGCAAUCGUGCACAAAUCGAGGAUGAUCUGAGACUAUGUUUAUCAAACAUUGAGCCAAGAAUUGGGGAUCUUUGCAAGGCAAAGCAGGCUCAGGUCUCGCAUUAACAUCACGUACCUGCAAGCUUCUGUUACAAAAUGCAGAUGAUACCUACUAUUAGGCCUAGUAAUAAUAACCAUAAUAAAGCAUACAUUAAUAUCAGAGGUCUGGUGCAAAUUCCCAAUUAUAGCAAUAGCCUAGUAAUGAUAAUAGGCCUAUACUGAUGAUAAUAAUAAUAAUAACAACAACAACAACAAUAAAGCAUUUAACCUCAUAUAAUUAUAUAGCAAUAGCCUAGUAAUGAUGAUAGGCGUACUACUACUCAUAAUAAUAAUAAUAAUGUCUGCAAGCUCACAUUAGAAGUCUGGUUCUACUGCCAAUUAUAACAAUAGCCUAGUAAUGAUAAUAGGCCUACCUACAGCUACUGAUGAUAAUAAUAAUAAUAAUGUGGGCCUAAAGAUAAUAGCCGGCCGGCCAUCCAUCCUUCCAUC